AUGAGUGCGUCGCCGUUGCCCAAACGUAAGAAGGUCACAUUGCACACCCUCCAAGCGAUGCACGCCCGCCAGGAGCCCAUCGCCAUGAUCACAGCACAUGACUUUCCCAGCGCUCACGUCGCCGACCACGCUGGCAUGGACAUGAUCCUGGUAGGCGAUAGUCUCGCCAUGGUCGCCUUGGGUCUGGCCGACACGAGCGAGGUCACGCUCGACGAUAUGUUGCUGCACUGUAAGAGCGUGGCACGAGGCGCAACGGCGGCCUUUGUCGUCGGGGACCUCCCCAUGGGAAGCUAUGAGGUCUCGUUAGAGCAGGCGGUGCAGUCUGCCAUCCGCUUGAUCAAGGAGGGCCAUGUGCAUGCCGUGAAGCUGGAGGGUGGGGUCGACAUGGCGCCGACGAUCAAACGCAUCACAACAGCUGGAAUCCCUGUGCUGGCCCACAUCGGUUUGACGCCUCAGCGACAGAACGCAUUAGGUGGGUUCCGCGUGCAGGGCAAGUCCACCAGCAGCGCUCUUCGGUUGCUCGCAGACGCCAAGGCAGUACAAGAGGCUGGCGCCUUCGGCGUAGUGCUGGAGGCGGUCCCCGCGGAGGUCGCGGCGCUCGUCACCAAACAAUUGCAGAUCCCGACCAUCGGCAUAGGCGCUGGCAAUGGCUGCUCCGGGCAGGUCCUCGUGCAGAUUGACAUGGCGGGCAAUUUCCCACCCGGCCGCAAAAUUCCCAAAUUCGUCAAACAGUUUGGAAAUGUCUGGGCUGAAAUGGCCAGGGCCAUCGACUUGUAUCGUGUGGAAGUCAAGGAUCGCUCCUAUCCGGCGCCCGAGCAUACUUAUCCCAUGCCCAAGGAGGAGCUUGCGGAAUUUGAACGCUGUAUCGCGGAGGACUCAAGUGGAUCAACUCCUCGCUCAUGA